CUAUAAAUCCACCCCGGUACCCUCUCCUUUUCUUUCACAAGCCACCCUUCCCUCCAUUUCAUAGCUCGAGUGAACAUGUACCCUGCUGAGAUUGCUAGUGUUCCAUACUUAUCUCCUGCAAGUGCAGCCUCUUUCAAACCUCAUUACCAUGUAGCUACCGACGACUUCCUCUACCAGUAUAGCAACCUUAUGUUGCCUCACCCUUCAUCCUACCAAGAUGUUGCUCACCUGGUCCUUGAAGCUAGCUUCCCAGUUGGUAAUAAAUCCAAUUCGGAGGAGUCAGAUGACUAUCAACGCAGUCUUGCAGAAGAGCGCAGGAAGAGAAGGAUGAUAUCCAAUAGGGAGUCUGCCCGACGAUCACGCAUGAGAAAGCAGAAGCAGCUGAGCGAGCUCUGGGCGCAGGUUGUUCACCUCCGCAGCACCAACCGUCAACUCCUUGAUCAGCUAAACCAUGUCAUCAGAGACUGUGACCGUGUCCAGCAUGAAAACUCCCAGCUGAGAGAUGAACAAACCAAAUUGCAGCAGCAGCUAGAGAAGCUCCCUUUAGAGACCACAGAGAGUGGUGUCAUGAGUCCUGACUCUUGAAGUAUCCAGGAUUCCAAGUGUUAGAUGAGAUAAUAUGAGAUUUAAACUAAGAGGCUUCCUUCGUUCUAUCCUGAGGCUUUCA